CAAGUGGAUCUACACGCGUCAACAAAUUCAACAACUCCAACUCUAACAGGACCGCACCAGCGCCAGCGCAAGAUCAAGGAGGUAGUUUUUGUGACUGUGAGGAUUGAAGAUGUCAGACGACGACGAUAUAUCUGAGAAAAAACGGCCGCUGCACGGGUUUGUCAUCUGCACGACUGGUCUAGAGUCGCCUCAGCGAGAAGAGUUGAAUAAGAAAUGCAGUCAGCUGGGUGGCAAGUCGUGCGAGAAUCUGAUGAACAGCGUGACGCAUUUAGUCGUGAACCUGCCGCCGAACCGGAAGGUGUCUCCAAAGUACAAUUUCGCGUUUCGGAAACGGUCGAAUGUGAUGUUUUUGGAUGUCGAGUUUAUCCCGAAAUUAUACGACCGCUGGAUUAAAGGCGAUGAUAUUGAUAUCGAGACUGAGCUUCGCGAGUAUGGGAAUCGGAGGAUGUUUGGGGGGUACACGAUUUCGAUUAGCGGGCUGGUUGAUCCGGAACGAAGGGAGACGAUAAAGUACAUCAGCGGAAACGGAGGGACGUACACGUCCAACCUGACGACGCGAACGGACGUGCUGAUCUCUUUGAACCCAUCAGGCCAGAAAUACGAGUUUGCGAUGCAGCGCAAGAUCCGGACGGUGAGUCCGUUGUGGAUCGAGGCGUGCAAGAAGCGCGGCGCGCUGGCGCCGAUCGAGAUGUUUUCGUACGAUCUGAAACCGGAGGAGUGGGAGGAGAAUUUGGCGGGGAUUGUGGAGAAGGAGUAUGGGGAUGUGUAUGUGCCGAAGCCGAGCGUGGUGCGCAAGGUUGAUGAUAGCCGGCGGGCGAGGAAAGUGCUUACGAAGCUUGCGAGGACAAAGUCUGAUAGCACUUGGAAUUCGAUGAUGUUGCAGACGUCUUCGGAUAGUUUAGCGGUGCCGCGAACGAGUAGUCACGACGAGGUUGUGGCGGAUUCGAAAGACAGCGCGACGGCAGACGGGCGGGGUCCGUUCGAGUUGGUUUCGGCAGACGAGUCGGCGAAGCUAGAUACGGCCGCUGAAGACGUGAAUGGCUUCGACGACGACGAGGAGUCACGGUUGCUUGAAGGCCAUGUUUUCUAUUUCCAUGGGUUUGACGAAGCAAAGAUUGCGACGAUGGAGCCGUUUGUGACUGCGCGCGGAGCAAGGACGGUGGCGUCUAUGGACGGCGCGGGGGAUAUGCCGGUGCCGACGCAUGUGGUGCUUGAGCAUAAGCUGUCGCCUGCUGAGAUUCCGGAGGAGCUACCAGGGUCAGCUGUGGUGGUGACGGACUGGUAUCUUGAUCUGUCGAUAUUCCAUAAAGAGCUGAUUCCUCCAACGCGAAGCAAAUACUCUGGCUACCUCGGCCAUGAGAUAUACUCGCCCGAAGCGGCAGUGUUUAAAAACAAGCACGUCGAGUACUCGUGUUUUGAAGGCAUGAACCGCACUCAUUUCGGAAGACUGCUGUUCUUGCUCGGUGCGAAGACUACGGGCGUGCUCGAUUACAGCUGCGACUUGCUGGUUAUUCCCAAAUCAGUGUACGACCAGGUCAAGAAUAUAAAUCCGGUGGAGAAGAGGGGGAUUCCGGGCGUGCGGUCGCUUGCGAAGGUCGCGUAUGCGCGGGAGUGGGCGAUUCCUAUUAUUCCGGAUGAGUGGCUGUUGGAUCGGAAGUAUUACGAGAAGAUUGGGAAGAUUAUAGAGAUUGCGAGGACGAAGAGGGUGCCGUUUGAGGUGCGUGAUUUGAUGAGCAGGAAGCGGAAGGAGGGAUCAGUUACGGAGGAGUCAAAUGGAAGGAAGAAGCGGUGAAGAUUAAGAUAGCAGGAUGCAUAAGGAAUGGAG